AUGGAAAUCGUUCGUCUUGGUUUGAUUAGUAUGAUUUUGGCUGCAUCGAUAAUGCUAUUGGCGAUUAUUCCAGCAAAGCAGGAGUUUUAUGGAUAUUCAUUUCAAUUAAUGAUGGCUGCAAGUGCCUUGACUCAACUAGACAUACUGCUUGCUGGAGUUCAACUAGGUAGAAUUCUUCAAACGGAACCAAUCGAAAUGAUGAAUAUUUGUACUGAACUCACAAUAUCAUCUAUAACGCGUGGUUUGGCAGUAUUAGUCGCUAUUUUCACCAUUGUUGGCAUGUCAACAACUCAUUGGGUUGGAGAGAACACGGGUGAAGGGUGGAUAGGUGCUGGUACAUUUUGCAGACAAUCAAGUAGCAUAGCAGAUCCAUGUCGCAUCCCGAUAUCAACCACUAUAUUAAGUAUAAUAGCAGCUAUCGUAUCACUCUUUGUCCUUGUACUUGUCGUUUGCAGUAUAUUUACUGCGAUUCGACGUCAAGUUGAAUGUUAUAUCCUUCCUACGAUUUUGUUUCCUUUAUCGAUUUUAUUGUGGUUUACGAUUGUAACAACAAUGCAUUUAGAAACGACCGGUUAUUCGUAUAGAGUAAUCAUUGCAGCCGGUCCAUUGGCUCAGUUAGCACUGUUCAUUGGUGGAAUUUGGCUUAGCAUAUCGAAUGAACUACCUGACAUUAUCAGCAGCCGCUUUUAA